UCCUGUUGCACUGGGAGGUUGGCCGGUGUUUUUCCACACAUGGUCACCCAUUUUAAGAGACAAAGGUCAGAAAGAAAACCUUAUAAAUAACAUUUACCGCCGUAAGUCUCACUAUUCAACACGCCGUCCACCGUACUACACUGAAGGGACUGAUCAAUUCUAAAGGAAUAAAAUCAAUUCAAGCCAAUACAGCAUGGCACAGAAAGAGAAGCUCCAGUGUCUGAAGGACUUCCAUAAGGACACGCUGAAGCCUUCCCCAGGGAAGAGCCCGGGUACCCGGCCCGAGGACGAGGCAGAGGGGAAGCCCGUCCAGAGGGAGAAGUGGAACUCCAAGCUUGACUUUAUCCUGUCCGUCGCUGGGGGCUUCGUGGGUUUAGGGAACGUCUGGCGUUUCCCAUACCUCUGCUAUAAGAAUGGCGGAGGUGCAUUUCUCAUCCCGUACUUCAUCUUCCUCUUUGGCGGAGGUCUCCCUGUGUUUUUCCUGGAGGUGGCCCUCGGACAGUACACCUCCGAGGGUGGAAUCACCUGCUGGGAAAAGCUUUGCCCCAUCUUUACUGGUAUCGGCUACGCUUCGAUUGUGAUCGUGUCCCUCCUGAACAUCUACUACAUAGUGAUUCUGGCCUGGGGUUUGUACUACCUGUUCCAGUGCUUCCAGCCGGAGCUGCCCUGGGCCAAGUGUAAGAACUCCUGGAACACAGACCGCUGUGUGGAGGACACCGUCCGUAAGAACAAGACCCUGAUGCUGGCCGCUAACAUCACCAACUUCACCUCGCCUGUCACUGAGUUCUGGGAACGUAACGUCCUUAGCAUCUCCAGUGGCAUCGAUGAAAUCGGGGAGGUCAAAUGGGACCUUGCUCUGUGUCUGCUGGGGGUCUGGGUCAUCUGUUUCUUCUGUAUCUGGAAGGGAGUCAAAUCCACUGGGAAGGUUGUGUACGUCACUGCUACCUUCCCCUUCGUCAUGCUGAUCAUUCUGUUGAUCCGCGGCGUCACUCUGCCAGGAGCAUCUGAAGGAAUCAAGUUCUACCUGUACCCAGACCUGCAACGUCUCAAAGACCCUGAGGUUUGGAUCGAUGCAGGCACUCAGAUCUUCUUCUCCUAUGCCAUCUGUCUGGGAGCUAUGACGUCACUGGGGAGCUACAACAAAUACAAAUACAACUGCUAUAGGGACUGUUUGCUGCUGGGAGGCCUCAACAGCGGUACCAGUUUUGUGUCUGGCUUCGCAAUAUUUUCCGUCCUGGGCUUCAUGGCACAAGAGCAAGGGGUGGACAUUGCCGAUGUGGCAGAGUCAGGUCCUGGCUUGGCCUUCAUUGCCUAUCCUAAAGCUGUGUCUAUGAUGCCGCUGCCAACCUUCUGGGCUAUUCUCUUCUUCAUCAUGCUUCUGCUACUGGGUCUCGACAGUCAGUUUGUGGAAGUGGAAGGACAGAUCACCUCCUUGGUGGAUCUGUAUCCCUCCUUCCUAAGGAAGGGUUACCGUCGGGAACUUUUUAUAGCAACAGUGUGCUCCAUAAGCUAUCUUCUGGGACUUACCAUGGUUACUAGGGGUGGCAUGUAUGUAUUUCAGCUCUUUGACUACUAUGCAGCCAGCGGAGUGUGCCUUUUGUGGGUUGCAUUCUUUGAAUGUAUUGCUGUAGCCUGGGUUUAUGGCGUUGAUAAUUUCUAUGAUGCGAUUGAAGACAUGAUUGGCUACAGACCAAAUGCCUGGAUGAAAUGGAGCUGGUCUUUUAUCACACCUCUUCUUUGUGUGGGUUGCUUUGUCUUCUCCUUGGUCAAAUACAAACCUUUGACUUACAACAAGAUCUACGAGUACCCCGACUGGUCCAUCGGCGUGGGCUGGACUCUGGCCCUGGCUUCUAUGAUCUGUAUUCCUAUGGUGGUGGUCAUCAAGAUCAUCCAGUCCGAUGGACCACUCAUAGAGAGGAUCAAGGCUGUGGCAGCUCCGCUGGGAGGUGCUAGCUCCCGUCCAGUCGACCACCGUCCCAAGGGCAUGUCCGCCGAGCUGGCCUACCCCCUGGACCCUAACGGGAACAACGGCCUGAUCAAGCCCACCCACACUAUUGUAGAAACUAUGAUGUGAGCGCUCUCUGUGAGAGGAACGAAUUUUAAAAAAGAAAAAAAGAAAAAAAAAGAAAUGACCCGCUUUCUAUGUUAUUAUACUAUAUUAUCACUAAACUAGUUAUAGGACCAGGUUUACAUUGCUAUGUAUCUGCACUAGGAGUCUUCUUUUUGUUUUUGUUUUCUACAGAGGAAGUUACAUUAUUUGGUUUCCUGUCUAUGUUUUUAAUAUUUUUUUAUUAAACUAUUGUUAUUAAUAUUACUGUUAUUACGAUUAAUGUAGUUAGAAGGAAAUGUAGAUUUCCGUGCCACUUGGAGCAAGCAGAAUCAGUACAUGGUCCAUUUUUACUUCUUCUUCUUUCCUGUAGAACUAUAAGCGGUCGUCUCUAUUUUAGGAAUCUUUUUUUUUUUUUUU